AUGAUUGCUGUUGACGACAAAACCAGCUAUUCAAAUGCGCAGCACGUCAAGAGACUGAUGGCUACUAAUUCGAGUAAGAAUCUUUUUGCCCAAGUGACGCAGCGACUUGGUGUUUUGUCCCUGACAGGGCAAGGUUUGAACGAAAUUUCUAAAGUAACCGAGGAAGGAACUCAAACAUACUCAAAUUCUCCGUUGGAUCAAGUUCGUCGCGAUGCAGAACUUAUGGCAAAAGAUGUCGUUGUAACCUUUGGUGAAACUAAUCCAAAGAAACCCCCAAACAGAUACUGCAAAACUUUAAGAAGAACUGUGAAAGAACUGUCGGAUAGACAUGACCUUGUUUUCAAAGGAAUGGUUGCACGACUGAAACUUGAUGAGACGAAUGCAUUUCCAACGUUUGUAAUGGUUGCAGAUGAAAUAUUUGAUGAUGGACAAGUGAACUGGGGAAGAAUUGUAGCAGUUUAUGCGUUUGCAGCCCGCUUGGCAAAAUAUCACAGUGACAAUAUUUACAAUGUUGAUAAACUCAGCUCCUCACAGCAAGAAGAUGAAAAUAAAUUAAUUUCCUAUAAGAAAAAAAUCGCCUUGUUUGUUGGUAAAUAUGUGGCUAACAAACUUGGACAGUGGAUUCUAGAUCAUGGAGGAUGGGAUGCAUUUGUUGAGUAUUUUCCUGAUCAUGGAGAAUUUGAAGAAAAAAUGUGGAAAGGUGUUUUAUUUGCAACAAUUGGACUUGGAGCUUUAGCCACUGUUGUUGCAACCAGAUAA